CUCUCUCUUGUUCUCUGUACUCCACUCGACAGUACCUACACACUCUCACUGGCAUCUUCCCAGCUCCAUUCACUCGCACAAUCCGAAGCAGGGGCAACUGGGCAAGGCCAUGAGCUCUCCCUUUGCUCGGUCUCCUCUUCUUGCCCCAGCAGGAAGAGGCUACAUUCUGUAGGGGAUCAGACGCCAUAUCACAACAAUUCCUUCACGAAACGUCGGCGGGAGUUAAGGGUUUCAUCCCGCCUGGACGCCUGCGGCGAAGUCGGGAAACCCCAAGAUUUUAGGCAUCUGCUGCGGCCAUUUCUCGAUUCCCUGAGCAAUUACGCCGCCUAAUUUGGAUGGAUUUGGUUUUCCGAGGCCUAUCUCUGCAUCCGCUCCUGUUCUUGGCCACAUUGCCGAGUUCUUGGUCUCGUUUUGGCACUUCCAUGCGUUUGUCGGCUGCCUGCUGGAGUCUGAACACCAAACUGGCCAGCUCACGUUUCCAGUGAUUUUGGCCCUCCCCGUGCAUCAGCCUUGGAAUUUUCCCCAGUUCUUGGCGUCAGCGCGUUCAUUUGCUGGCAAUUUCCGUUUCUCCAUUCUUGACCCCAUCCCCCCACCUCCCACUCCGCGUUCUGUCGUCGAAAUCCCCAAAAUUUCCAUCUUUAAUUUCUCUCUCUUAUCUCUUGUCUUAUAAACCCUACCUACCAAGUCUGCACUUCGAGGUUGGAUCUUGCAAUGCGGCUCAUCAUCUUGUGCCUCUCCAUUUGGGCGGCUGCGUUUGCAGCCACCGUCGGCGUGGCUGGUUCAGACAUGGAGGCGUUGCUAGAGUUCGGCAGAGGUAUCCGGCAAGACCCGUCCCGCCGCCAGGUCGCUCCUUGGAACCCGACAAGUUCGUCGGAUUCCGAUGGGUGCCCCGUCGACUGGCACGGCGUGCAGUGCAGCAGCGGCAAGAUCCUUUCGAUUGAGUUCGAUGGCAUUGGGCUUGUGGGGAAUGCCAGCUUGUCGGUGCUCGCAAGAAUGUCGAUGCUUCAGAACCUGACGCUGUCGAAUAACAAACUCGAAGGGGUCCUGCCCCGUGAAUUGGGGUCUAUGACUUCGUUGCAGCAUCUGGAUCUGUCCAACAAUAGUUUUGGUGGUGCAUUGCCGUCAGGUUUCAGAAACUUGAGAAAGUUGAAGUACUUGGAUCUCCGUGGGAAUGGCUUUGUCGGCAAACUGGAUGACAUAUUUGCACAGUUGCAGAGCCCAGUCCAUGUUGAUUUCAGCUGCAACCAGUUCUCGGGGUCCCUGGCAUCAAUCUCUGAUAACUCAUCUGUGGCUAGCACACUGCAGUACCUGAAUGUUAGCCAUAAUUUGCUGUCAGGGGCAGUAUUUGCGAGCGAUCCAACGCCAUUGUUUGACAGCCUGGAGGUGUUCGACGCAAGUUACAAUGCCCUUACUGGCAAUGUACCGUCGUUUAACUUCAUGAUUUCCCUCAAGGUGUUGCGCCUGCAGAAGAAUAAUUUCUCUGGGUCCAUUCCAGAAUCGCUAUUUCGGGAGACCUCCCUGGUGCUCACUGAACUUGACCUUAGCUGCAACCAGCUUACAGGUCCAGUUAGACGUGUAACCUCAGUGAAUCUGAAGUACCUGAAUCUGUCAUCUAAUAGCCUUCAGGGAACUUUACCAAUCACAUUUGGGAGCUGUUCUGUCGUUGAUUUGAGUGGAAACAUGCUUUCAGGCAACCUGUCAGUUGUCCGGACAUGGGGAGAUUAUGUUGAGAUGAUUGAUUUGAGCUCAAAUAGGUUGACAGGAACUUGGCCAGAUGAGAGUACCCAGUUCCUGAGGCUGACUUCAUUGAGGGUUUCCAACAACUUGCUAGCAGGAGAACUGCCAACUGUUCUUGGAACGUAUCCCGAGCUGAUUUCCAUUGACCUUAGCCUCAAUCAGCUGCAUGGACCUUUACCUAAGAAUCUGUUUACGGCAGUUAAACUGACCUAUCUAAAUCUUUCAGGAAAUAGUUUCACAGGGACUCUUCCUCUUUCCAAUUCUGUAACCAGCAACUCAACUUCUAUAGACCUGUCGGUUCUUCCUGUACAAACUUCAAACCUGUCAUCUGUUGAUCUUUCAAACAAUUCUUUUAGUGGCUCUCUGCCUUCAGGCAUUGGUGGUUUGAGUGGAUUGGCGUUGUUGGACCUCUGUCUGAACAACUUCACUGGGAAAAUUCCAACAUCAAUCACCAAGCUGAAACAUUUGAUGUACAUUGACUUGUCAAGCAAUCAUUUUGACGGUAGCAUACCUGAUGGCCUCCCGGAUGAUCUCGUAGGGUUCAAUGUAUCCUACAACAGCUUGUCUGGCUCCGUUCCGAGCAAUUUGCUGAAAUUUCCUGAUUCAUCUUUCCAUCCAGGGAAUGAACUACUCGUUCUUCCCCACUCUGGAUCACGAAAUGGCGAGGCAGGUGGGAAGAAACACGGUAUGAAGCGUGGAAUUCUAAUUGCAUUGAUUGUAUGUGUUGUGGUCUUUGUUACUGGGAUCAUUGUGCUUUUACUUAUCCAUUGGAAGAUCUCUAGCUGGAAGAGUAGUGAAAAGGGCAAGGGUGAAAGUAAGCAUCCUGUAACCCAAGGACAAGAUGCUCACAGACGUGCAGAAACUCCAAGUUCGGAAACACGCGAUGUGUCGUUAGGAUCAUCGCCAUCUACAGAGUAUGGAGGUGUUCCCUUGCCUGGCAGUGGCCUGGAAAGACAGCAUGAAACACAAGAGGUGGAUCAGCCAACUGGCAGUAUUGCCACCCUUAAAGAUAGCACACAGUCUUCGAUGCCUGCAUUGAUAUCAUCACUUCCUGAUGCCAGCGCGCACCAUCACCACUCCAUCCUGAGAGUGCACUCUCCUGACAAACUGGUUGGGGAUUUACAUCUUUUUGAUAAUUCUGUGUUGUUUACGGCUGAAGAGCUCUCUCGCGCUCCAGCAGAGAUCAUUGGCAGGAGCUGUCAUGGGACAUCGUACAAGGCUACUCUUGACAAUGGGUAUGUCCUUACAGUGAAGUGGCUGAGGGAGGGCUUCGCUAAAAGCAAGAAAGAGUUCUCCCGUGAAAUAAAAAAGCUUGGUAGCGUCAAACAUCCCAGUCUAGUCUCACUGCGAGGCUACUACUGGGGUCCCAAAGAGCAUGAGAGGAUCAUCAUAUCAGACUAUGUAGAUGCCACAUCUCUGUCUACCUACUUGUCCGAGAUUGAAGAGCGGAAUCUUGAACCUCUGGCGGUGAGCCAGCGGCUUGAUAUCGCAAUCAACAUUGCUGGCUGUCUAGAUUACCUGCACAAUGAGCGGGUGAUCCCACAUGGCAACCUCAAGUCCUCAAACGUCUUGAUUCAGAAUUCAAGUCCAUCUGCCCUGGUAAUUGACUACAGCCUUCACAGGCUGAUGACUCCCAUCGGCAUGGCCGAACAGGUCCUGAAUGCAGGGGCUCUUGGCUACUCCCCUCCUGAGUUUGCAAGCACCAGCAAGCCAUGCCCAUCUCUGAAGAGUGACGUGUACGCCUUUGGCGUCAUCCUACUUGAGCUUCUGACAGGGAGGAUAGCAGGGGAGAUUAUUUGCAUGAACGAUGGUGCGGUCGACUUGACGGACUGGGUGAGGAUGCUGGCAAGGGAGGAACGUGCUUCAGAGUGCUUCGACAGGCGCAUUGUCGAAGCCGAAACCUCGGGAGGAGGAGGCACCCCUAACAUGCUAGAGGACAUGCUGCACAUCGCCAUCCGUUGUAUCCGCUCCGCAGCGGAGAGGCCGGAGAUACGGACGGUGUUCGAGGACCUUUCGUCCCUGUCCUCGUCGUGACGACAGAGAGUCCUUGGUAAUGGACCUUUCGUCCCUGUCCUCGUCGUGACGACGGAGAGUCCUUGGUAAUGGUAGCGUACAUCUCGUACUUACGUCAGUUUGUUGGAACCUAGGAGAGAGGGUAUAGUUGACAGUUGUUAGGUUUUUGUGGUGAUGUGUGUAGUGAUCUCUUUUCAGCAUUUCAUUGGUUGGUUCCUCUUCCUGGGAAGCGUCCAUUCAUUUCUUGUAGUUAGUUCACAUUCUAGGCAGCACUAGAUGAGAUAACUGAGAAUUUGUUUGUGCAUUGUGAUUUUGGACAUCUGAUAGGAAAUAAGAAAGGCUGUAGUGAUAUGGUGUUCUUUCA